AUGGGGUCUUGUAUUAGCAAAUGCCGACCCAGAUCAGCUGCCUACAAGGAAUUUGAUCUUCCCCAAGACAAGCUUGAAAUCCCACAAGCUUCAGCUUCUGCAUCUCCUCAAGUUCUUCUCCCCAACAAACCAUCAUCACAUUCUCCUUUUGAUUCCCCUUCAUCUUCUUCUUUCUCCUAUACCACUAGCUUCACUAAUAGCUCUUCUUCUUUGUCAACCUUCAACUCAUCGCCCUGUUCAACUUCACUGAUUUCAUCAAAAGAUAGAGCAUUUUCAAAUGAAUUCUUGUGGGCUUGUAUCAAGGAGAACCCACAAAUAGUUCAAACCAAGCCAACUCCCAUUAAGGCCUUGACUGUUAAGCCUCCUUUGCGAAGGUUUGAGGCACCAUCCAGAUUAACAGCAAUGCCACUGAAGCAGUCAAUUCCGCCUAGGCGCAUUGCACCGCAGCCGCAGAAGAGAGGGCGUGAUAGCUCACCGACUCUUGUUCGACAGAAGAGUCUCAGAAGGGAACUUGCUGAGAAACCAAACUCCCCAAUAAGCUCCCUUCCGAGCCGGACUUUCAGUUCUCCAUCUCCGAGUAGGAGAUUUAAUGGCGAUGAAUAUAGGGCAAUUACAAGGAAAUCUCCCCAAGAGAGCUGCAGACGCAAUGGUGGUUUUAAGACAAACGUAGCCAAGCCCACCUCAUUAUCAGGGAGGAAGGAAAACCUACGGCCCAGAAGUCCGUCCAACAAUGUAUGUCCUGAAGGAACUCAGUCGAGGAAGAGAGAGACUUCCACUCACCAUAUCCGGCCUGGCAUUGAUCAAAAUGCAGUUGGAGAAUUGCUAUCUCAGCAGGAGCUCAACUCUCUUAUCACAGGCAUUGAUAAUCCUUUUAUCUCCCUGGAUUGCUUCAUCUUUCUCUAG